AUGCGCCCUAUGCUUGCCGUCUCUCUCCUCACAGUCGCCACAAACGGCGUUCGCCUUUGGUCCCUGUCUGAUAUGGUGCUUCCGGGCCGUGGGGAGCAGCCUCGCGCGGCAGUCACUCGUGAAUCUGGGCUUGGGCAAUCACCCAGAGCCGAGAAGCGCGCGGAAUCGGUCAUCAUGAAUAGUAAAACGGUUCCAGAGCAAGACCUCAAGAAGGCAGAAGAGAUUGCGAAAACAGCCCUCCGGGACGCGGAUUAUCUGCAGCGACAUAGCAGCCUGAUAAAGAACCUCACGGAAGUGUUGACCAGCGGCAUAGAGUGCUACGAGAAGUACCGGAGUGAGGACGGCCGGGCCAUUGAAGACCCAGGCCGCAUCAAGAAGUGCCAUGCGCUAUACGCCGACGUCGUUUCCCUGCUCCAAAAGGCUCGCGCGCUAGUCAGAGAGCCUGGUUUUCCCUCGAGCUCGUUCCUGCUGGCGCAAAAUCUGCCAGACUUGCGGGACGACCGCAAGAGCGAGCAGGGCCCAAACACAAAACAGCUGCAGGAACGACUCGACGACCUCAAUCAAGGCCUGGCCAAGGCGGAGGUCACUGAGAAGCAGGCCGGGCAGCUGCGACCCUACUGGGGCAAAGUCAAGGACCUCUCCGUCUCCGUCGACGCGACCAUCAGGUGCUACGACGAGUUGAAGAAGAAACUGACCACAGUGGGACGCGAAUCCGAGGAGGACGCGUCCAGGGACAUGGGGACCUGCGAGGAGAAAUACCGGCAGAUGGGAUCCCGCUUCUCUGACGCCAAAAAGGCCGCCAUGGAGUCGGGCAUUGUUGAUGAAGAAGUCUACUCGCGACUCGGCGUGCCCUACCUGAAUGGCGACCCGAAGAGCAGCAUGGACGGCAAGACGCAAGAGGUGCGGGAGCAGCUUGAGGAAGUCCAAAACGAGAGGGACCAUGUGUUGAAGCUGGAGAAGGACGACGCCGAGGCAGUACGGCGUAUCAACGGAACCUUGUACGAUGGAGUCUACUCGGCCGUACUUGACGGGCUAGUUGACCUCGCCAAGAAGCACUCCAAGCUUCAGCUGCUGAUUGCGGGCAGACACCAGAAAUCGGACAAUGAGGCUGUAAAGGCCGCAAAGGCGGAGACGGAAAGACUUUUGCGGGGGUUUUCUAGCCGGAUCGAUGAGCUUGUCGAUGGCGCCGCGGCUGGGUAG